AUGACCUUCGUGCAAGACCAUUCAGGAAAGGUGCACACGAGACAAGGGAAGGUCACCACGAAGGACCUGGAAGUCAACAGCCAGGUGUUGUUGGCGACAGUGGCCGGCGCCCGUGGUGUUGCCCGUCUGUCCGCACAUGUUCUGAAGGCUGCAAUUUUGGCUUUCUAUUCGUUAUACCGUCUAUUCCCAGCAGGGGUGGUUGCCGAACUACCCUCUGUACAAGAAUGGGCAUUGAAACAAGCAGUUGCGAUCAAGAAAUUGGCAUCCCGGCUUCGUCGCUUGAUGAAGCGUGCGAAAGCGGCCAAAUCCAAAGCGGUGUCAGAGCUGAAGGAAGGUGCUAGACAGCGUGGGUGGGCUAUUCACCCGCCUAAGAAGGGUGAUUGUCGUGCAGAACCACGGGUGGUUUGUCUCAAGAGAGUGUCACAGGUUUUGGUGGGUGCCGCACUUCUGGAAACAAUCACUGUGCAAUUUGUACCUGACCCUUCGUCAAAACGCUUCCCCAAACCAAAGUUUCCAACCAACACAUCGGUUUGCGCCCAGGAUGAACGACCGGGCGGUGAUCCGGAUGGCCUCAAGGAAUUGGCCACUCCAGCGUCUACAGCCUCUACAGCCACACCUGGAAGCGAGCUUUCUUCCACUGUUUCAUCGGCUCCCUCUGAGAAACUUGAAAGGGUGGUGGCCCAGUUGUCUCGGCUGAAGUUGGAUUUCUCUGAGGAUGUGGAUCAAGAAUGCGCGGUGUCCCCAACACCACCAUCGUGUGAGAGAACUCCCAAGAUUGAUGCCAUUGUUUCUUCUCUUCGGGAGGCAAUGGGUUCCAAACCAAAUGUGGCAGCCAAAACUGGCAAGCCUGGCGAGAAGUCCUUUGUGCUCCCCACAUGUGUUUCUUGUGAGGGCGGUUGAUGGAAGGGAC